AUGGUACACUCACCCUCUUCUUCUCCAUCAACUAUCUCUCAUGCCAUUAUUUCAACAUUGAUUGAUUGGGUGAUUUGGUUUCAGGAGUACGCGAGUGGGAAUGCGAGGGAUGAACAAAAGCAGGAAAAUUGGAUGCCGGUAACGCCAAAUAGGAAGGCAAAAUGGUGGUAUUCAACUUUCCACAAUGUGACGGCUAUGGUGGGUGCAGGGGUCCUUGGCCUGCCAUAUGCCAUAGCCCAGCUUGGAUGGGUUCCUGGUGUUUUUAUGAUCCUAUUUUCGUGGGUUCUGACGUUUUAUACCCUGUGGCAACUGGUUGAAAUGCACGAGUUGGUUCCUGGGAAGAGGUUUGAUCGAUAUUUUGAGAUGGGAGAGCACAUUAUGGGGCCAAAGAAAGGGUUUUGGCUGGUCAUGCCACAGCAGCUAACGGUUCAGGUGGCGUCAACCAUUGUCUACAGUGUCACCGGUGGGAAGUCCCUCAAGAAGUUCUUCGAAUUGCUCAGAGUUUCUUCCAUGGGUGGAAUCAGACAAACAUAUUACAUCCUCUUCUUUGUGGUGGUGCAGAUAAUGCUUUCCCAAACUCCUAACUUCCAUGAUUUGAAAGCAGUUUCUUCUCUCGCUGCUCUCAUGUCCAUCCUGUAUUCGCUGGUGGCAUUUUUAAUGUCGAUGGUGGAGGGGGUGAAGGAUCAUCAACCCAGGCAUUAUGGAGUUCGAUCUCACACAACCGCAGGGAUAAUCUUUGAUGCUUUCAAUGCCCUUGGAACCAUAGCAUUUGCCUUUGCAGGACACAGUGUUGUUUCUGAGAUUCAAGCCACAUUGCCCUCAACUGAAGAGACACCUUCAAAGGUUCCUAUGUGGCGAGGUGUGGUGGUGGCAUACUCCAUUGUCAUUUCAUGCUAUAUUUCAGUUGCAGUUUCUGGAUUCUGGGCAUUUGGAAGUGCUGUCGACGAUGAUGUCCUCAUCACCCUCGAACACCCCGCUUGGCUCAUUGCUAUUUCUAACCUCAUGGUCUUCGUUCAUGUCUUGGGAAGCUUCCAGGUUUUCGCCAUGCCUGUGUUUGAUGUAAUGGAGAGAACUUUGGUGGAAAAAUUGAAUUUUACUCGCUCAAAGAUCCUUCGCAUAGUUAGUCGAAGCCUUUACGUUUGUGUGGUGGGAAUCAUUGGCAUGUGUAUUCCUUUUUUCGGAGGACUACUAGGGUUCUUCGGAGGAAUUGCUUUCACAUCAACGUCGUACAUUAUUCCUGGUGUGUUAUGGCUUGAGGCAACAAAACCUAAAAGAUGGAGUUUUCAUUGGCUAGCAUCAUAUGUGGCACUUCUUGCACCCAUUGGAGGAAUAAGAACAAUUGUGGUUUCUGCAACGACCUACAAGCUAUUCUCUUGA